GAACCCACAGGUAUGUCAGACCGUCACUUUUACCUCCGUCUCCUCUGAGCGGCGCAGCGGGGUUUCGCACUUUAAUUUGUGGCUGGUAGCCGUUAGCUUCUUCUCACAAUCUGUGUCUGCAGGGAACGGCUGGUUAGUGACACCCCCCCCCCCCCACACACACACACACACACACCCGACGCCCCCGGUACCAGGCUUCGCGGGUUUUGAAGUGUUUUAACGGGUCGUCGUUCCGGUGCCGGACCGCUAAAGGAGAAGCUACAUGGAGGCUAACUGAAGCUGUCAGAGCGCUACGUUAGCACCAGGAUGCCAGCCGGAGUGUGCGGCUGCUGUGGCCCUCUGAGGCCGAGGUACAAACGCCUGGUGGACAACAUCUUCCCCGAGGACCCCAAAGAUGGCCUCAGCAAAUCGGACAUGGAGAAGCUGACCUUCUACGCCGUCUCGGCCCCGGAGAAGCUGGACCGGAUCGGCGCCUACCUGGCCGAGAGGCUGAGCCGCGAUGUGGUGCGACACCGCUACGGGAACGUGGUGAUCGCCAUGGAGGCUCUGGACCAGCUGCUGAUGGCCUGUCACUCACAGAGCAUCAAGCCCUUCGUGGAGAGCUUCCUGCACAUGGUGGCCAAGCUGCUGGAGUCCAGGGAACCGGACCUGCAGGUCCUGGGCACCAACUCGUUUGUGAAGUUCGCCAACAUCGAGGAGGACACGCCGUCUUACCACCGCCGCUACGACUUCUUCGUGUCCCAGUUCAGCGCCAUGUGCCACUCGACCCACGACGAGCCUGAGACCAGAACCAGGAUCCGCGUGGCCGGGAUCAAAGGGCUGCAGGGCGUCGUGAGGAAGACGGUGAACGACGAGCUGCAGGCCAUCAUCUGGGAGCCGCAGCACAUGGACAAGCUGAUCCCCUCCAUGCUGUUCAACAUGCAGGACAGUGAGGACCUGGACAGGGCGGGGCACCCCAGCACCCCCUCGGUGGCGGGUCAGGACGGCGAGGAGAACCCGGCGGCGCUGGCAGAGAGCUGCUUCAGGGAGCUGCUGGGGAGGGCGGCCUACGGCAACAUGAACAACGCCGUGCGCCCCGUGCUGGUUCACCUGGACAACCACCACCUGUGGGACCCCAAUGAGUUCGCUGUGUCCUGCUUCAGAAUCAUCAUGUACUCCAUCCAGGCUCAGCACUCCCACCACGUCAUCCAGCAGGUUCUCAAUCACCUGGACACCAACCACAGGAACACCCCCCGGGUCCGAGCCGGCAUCGUGCAGGUCCUCCUGGAGACGGUGGCCAUUGCGGCCAAAGGCUCCGUGGGUCCCACCGUGCUGGAGGUCUUCAACACGCUGCUCAAACACCUGAGGAUGAGCGUGGACCUGGAGCUGGGCGACUCCUCCAGGAGGAACUCGGGCGUCAGCGUCUCGUCCGGCCGCGGCAAAGAGAGCGAGGAGAGGAUCGUCCAGAACGCCAUCAUCCAGACCAUCGGUUUCUUCGGGGGAAACCUUCCAGACUACCAGCGAGCCGAGGUCAUGAUGUUCGUCAUGGGCAAGGUGCCCGUGUACGGGACCCCGUGCCACACCUUGGACACCGUCAAGAUCGGGCACCAGGGCACCAAGCGGAUCCAGACCAUGCUGCUGAGCUCGCUCAUCAUGGUGACCUCUGGCUUUAAGUCCAAGUCCAUGGCGGCCGCCUUGCCUCCUUCCUUCCUGGAUCCGCUCUUCUCCAUCUCGCUGAUGGAGGACAGCGAGCUGAGGCAGCUGGUGCUGGAGAUCCUGCACAACAUCAUCGAUCGCCAUGACAACCGCGCCAAGCUCCGCGGCAUCAGAGUCAUUCCCAACGUUGCAGCUCUCAAGAUCAAAAGAGAGAAGAUUUCCAAGCAAGACGUGGCGUUCAUGAAGAAGCACGGCCAGCAGCUCUACCGACACAUCUAUCUGGGCUGCAAAGAGGAGGACAACGUCCACAAAAACUUUGAGCUGCUCUUCACCACGUUGGCCAUUCUGACCAUCGAGCUGGCCAACGAGGAGGUGGUCAUCGACCUCAUCCGGCUCUCCAUCGCCAUGCAGGACACGGCUCUGACCAACGAGGAGAACAUGCCCAUGCUGGUCCGCUGUGGCAUCAUGGCGUUGGUGGCGGCGUACCUCAACUUCCUGAGCCAGAUGAUCGCAAACCCCCCCUUCUGUCAGCACGUCAGCAAGGUCAUCGAGCUGAGGAGCUUGGACGCUCCGUACCUCCUGCCAGAGCAUGUCUUCAGAGACAAGUGUCCGCUCCCCGAGUCCCUGGACAAGGAGGACCGGCUGCUCUACUUCCAGACCGCCGAGGUGGCGGAGAGCCUGGCAGGACCCGGGUACAACGCCGAGAGGCUGUCCAUCCCGUACGUCCCCCAGGUCACAGAUCUAGAUCGUCUGACCAGGAGGAAGAGCUUUGUGGACACAAUCUCCCUCCAAGUGGACAUCGUGUCCAGCAGCCUUCCAGACAAGGUGAGAGACGUGUCCACAUGUCCACCCGUCCAUGUGGACGUCUCUGACCCCUCUGUUUUCUCACGAUUCCAGUCCCAGCUGGCUGAGGAGAUCACGUUCGAGACCCUGAAGAAGGCCAUCGACACCACCGGGCUGGAGGAGCAGGAGAGGGAGAAGAGGCGUCAGCUGAUGGAGAAGUUCCAGAAAGCUCCGUUUGAGGAGAUCGCCGCCCACUGCGAGUCCAAGGCCAACAUGCUGCACGACCGCCUGGCACACAUCUUUGAGCUGACCAUCCGGCCUCCACCCAGCCCCUCCGGAGUGGUCUCCAUCUCCUCGGGACACCCCCAGCACCAGUCGGUCCCCGUCUACGAGAUGAAGUUCCCCGACCUGUGUGUCUACUGAUGCUCCUCUGGAAGAAGAACCGGAGCAAAGAGCUGCAUCAACAGCUUCCUUUACCCCCCCCUUACCCCCCCCCCCCUCCUUCAGGCUGAAAACGGUACUUCCUCUUCCCCCAAAAUGUGCUUUCAUGACUUCAGCCGCAGCUUCUCGUCUUACUGGACUUUUUCAUCGGAGACGAGUUCUUACUUUUACGCUCUGAACAAACCGAUUGGUCGCACUUUAUUUCCCUGCAAGUCACUGAGAUCAAAGCUUCCGCCUUCAGCGCGUAGGCUUCCCAGCAUGCAUCUGGUGUGGCGUCUUCACGCCUUUGUAUCCGUUGUUAUCGUCACGGUGUUAGCUGUCCCAGAGGAGGACUGUAAGGAGUUACCUGGUGGUCCAAGGCGUUGGGCAUGUUAGGAGUGAUGAUGAUGAUGAUGAUGAUGGAGGACGGAGGACGGAGAAAGUGGACUGAAAGCAACACAGAGACGUGUCUCUGCAAGUCAACAGUAUCAAAUAUUCCCACUGGGAUGUUUGAAGACCUUCAGGAACAGGAAGUUACAUCAUCGUAGUCACCUGGACUCAUUGGUCAGGUUCCAUUUACCAGCAUCUUGAAGACCUGGAUUCAAGUUCAUUUAUUGUCCCAAACAGCAACAAGAGGUCGAUGGGGCGGGAUCCCAAGAAAUGUUCAUCACCAGCCUUCAUGGACUCAUUUACUAGUGUAGAAUGAAUGAAUGAAUGAAUGAAUGUAGCUUUCAUUGGGACGAGUCAACAAGUUGACGAAUUGUUCCUGCAUCCACUUCCUGUUUUUACCCAACAUGCACAGCAACAAUGAAACGUCUUUUGUCCAUUGACCGUUGUCUUCUUUCAUGGAGACAGAAUCUGUUCGUGAACGUUUCUAGAAGCACAAAAACAAGGUGAUCUCCACUGCACCUGAGCCAGCCAGCCAGCUAGCUAGCUAGCAGGCUAACGCGAGCAUGCUAGCUAGCUAGCAGGCUAACGCAAGCAUGCUACACUCCACUAGCAAACCACGACUGGUUCUUAAUGUCAAAGUGACCCCCAGGAUGUGAGGAGGCGCGCUGAUCUGCCCCCCUGCUUUACUGUCCUUUGUUUGGCUGCAGAACUUUUAUCAGUCUCUAAAAUAAUCAAAUCUGAAAAUCCAGAAUGCGGAUGAGGAUGUUUGGACCGAAGGGAAGAAUUAAAGAUGGCGUUGAUGGUCCCGUUCUCCGCCCUCAGUGACCUGUGACUGUUGAUCAAAACCCUCAUUUGUCUUCAGAGGAAGCAUCACUUCCUCUAUGAAUGUGUCAUUCUGGCAGUAGAUCAUAUAUUUUUGUACAUCUGAUGCGUCAUGUGUUGCCGGGCAGAGAUUAGAUGCUUAUUGAGGUUCAGGGUUUCAAUGGGGUUGUGCAGUUCUUAUCAAUACGGGACAAAUGGUCUCCAUUGUCCAAUGUUACUUGAUUAUUACUUUUCUUAUAGAAUCCAUUAUGCCAUUUCAAAUAUGCUGAUACGUCAAUGAAUAUUAUAUCUAUAGUUAUUUUUGCUGUGAUAAAGUGGAGAGAUUCUGUAAUGAAUUUAGCUUCUGCGUCUUUUCUGUUUUCUUCAGGAAGUUGCUGCUUCGACUCGGCGAAGAUUUAGAAGUAAAAGACGCGUCUCAUUUUAGAACGAGAUAAACCGCUUCUCCAUCUGUGGAAGUUAGAACCAGAGGUUCUACUGGAAGCCUUAUUUCUAUUAAUAAUACGUCACAAAACACUUUCAUGAUGCACCAUCAACUCCUGGAGAGACAAUUAAUAAUAUAACGUUCAUAAUAAUGAUGUUUGAGAGAAUCCUGAAGCUGCAACUUCCUGUGAGUUUAAAGAGUUUAAAGAGUUCAAAGAGUUUAAAGAGUUCGCUACUUUGGUCAAGUUUACUUCACAGGUUUAGAUGCAGAUGUGUUCAAAUCAGAUGAGAGGAUGAAAUACGAUGUUUGCACUUUGAUCACCGUGGAGCGUGUUCCACAGCAAGAGCUACUGGUCCACUGGGGGUCUGGUCCACUGGGGGUCUGGUCCACUGGGGGUCUGGUCCAGUGGGGGUCUGGUCCACUGGGGGUCUGGUCCACUGGGGGUCUGCACUGGUCCCACUUUAAAUUGUGAGGUGAAUCCUGGCUGUAUUCACGUCAGGCUUUAGACGUUUAAAGGUCACAUGACUUUCACACAUUUUGAAGGCCGUUACAACAAAUCCUUUAGUACAACUAAUUAAUAAAAAUUAGAAAAUAAAGCUUUUUAUUCUCAGUUUUGCUUUAUUUUGCCUCUUUUGUUUUUUCUGGUCUUUUUAUUGAUACGUAAAUAGAAUCAUUUUCUAGUCAAGUGUCA